AUGGGAAGAAAAAUCCUUUUUAGUUUUUCACUUAUUUGUUUAUGUAUGGGAUUUUCGCUAACUUUGGACCAGCUAUUUGCCAGGAAGAAUGUAAGUUCUCCAACAUCUUCGAGAAAAGAAGUGGUUAUAAAGAGUGAUCAACAGAAGAAAGAAGAUAGGAAACCAGUCCAGAAUUUCACAAUGCCAAUCACACAGGCUCCCAACUACAAUCUGAGCAAAGAAGGGCAUUUAGAAAAAGAACCUUGGAAUGCAUUCAGCUAUCACAGCCCUGUUAACGUCUCCAUGGAUGGAAUUCCCUGCAUUCUCUUCUGGGCCAAAAGAAUCACAAUUAAAUUUAAGAAUCAGACCUGGCUGGACCUUACAGAUGAAGCAUUUGGUCAGAAGGCAACAGUGGAUACAGGCAACUCAAAUUGUAGUCAAGACAGUGCUUCGUUGUCUCUGAAGUUUGGUGAUGCUGAAAAUCCCAAAGGUCUUGACUUAAGGUUCAUCCUUACGAAUUACAACAAGUUGUCCGUCCAGAGCUGGUUUAGCUUGCAUCGCGUCGAGAUUAUCUUCAACAAUUCAGUCCAAGCGGUCUUCAACGCCACCGGCAUCCACGCCCCUUGGCGGUAUUCCUACCGCUGCCAGCGCGUCAGCAGCCUGCAGCGCUCCGGCGCCCUCCUGCUGCCCAGCCACCCGGACGCCGCGACCAGCCUGUGGGAGGUCACUUUCGUUGAUUUCCAGAUCCAAGGCUUCGCCAUCCACGGGGGCCGGUUCGCCAGGGCCCGCGACUGCGCCCCCGCCUUCUCCCCGGCCAUUGUGCUGGGGCUGGUCACCUCGCUGAUCCUGCUGCUGGUGCUGGCCUACGCCCUGCACGUGCUGCUCUACCUGCGCGACCUGGACCGCCGCUACGAGGCCAUGGGCUCGCCCGAGCGCCUCCCGCCGCCCAGGGCUCGGGCCGCGGAGAAGGAGCUGCUGCGGGGCGGCCGGGCCCAGGGCGUCGAGCUGGCCGGCCCGCUGGGCAGCAAAAUCUACGCGUAGUGGCGACGCCCUCUGCCCAGGAGUUGCUUCUGUUCUGUGCUGUUUGACUUGUGAAUUAAAGGUUUCCGCCACAUAGUUGGACUUUUUAAAAGCA